AUGGCAUCCAGAGAUCUGAGUGAGAAUUCAAACUGCUCUAUUUGCAAGAAUAUGUAUAUAGAUCCUGUAACCCUGAGCUGCGGACAUAUCUUCUGCAAUUUCUGCAUUACUAAAACAUGGGAUGGCCAGAAUGAUGAAGAUGCUUCUUGCCCUGAAUGUAGACAACAGUUUAAGAGAAAGCCUGCACUUAAAAGAAAUGUUAAGGUGUGUAAUAUAGCAGAGCAAUUCAGAUCUACUGAACCAGAGACUGAGAUUGGGAUCUUCUGCACUUACUGUGUUGAUUAUUCUGUACCUGCCAAUAAAUCAUGCCUGCUAUGUGAAGCUUCAUUCUGUGAUACUCACCUGAGGGUACACAGCAAGUCUGAGGAACACAUCUUAACUAAACCCACCACUUCUUGGAGUAACAGAAAAUGCCCCAUUCACAAGAAGUCCUUUGAAUAUUACUGCUAUGAAGAAGCUGCCAGUAUCUGUGUGAUAUGUUCCUUGGCCGAAGAGCACAAGGGACACCAGAUGGAGCUGUUGAAUGAGACUUCUGAGAAAAAGAAAAAGAAACUUAGAAAUAUUCUGAAGAACUUGACCUCAAAGAAAAAUAAGAAUGAGGAAACUGUCUUAGGUCUUGAAGACAACAAGAGAUGCAUGCAAGAGAAAGCAGCUGGUAUUACAGAACGAGUUACUGACAUGAUUAAGGACAUCAGAAAACAACUGGAAGACCUAGAAAAGCAAGUUGUAAGUGAGAUCAACCAGCAAGCAAACAGGGUUUUACUUCUAAUCACUGAUCAUAUCCAGCAACUGGAAAAAGAGAAGGAAGAGCUGUCUAGUAAGAUGUAUCACAUUGAAGACUUGUGCAACACAAUUGAUCCAUUAACUGUUGUACAAGAAGAUGAAUCACAUUAUUCUGAGUUUUGUGGUUCUGAGAAAGGAGAUGAUGAAGGAACACAUAUAGAUGAAAAACAGGUUCCAGGGGGAGGCGAUUUAGAUGAGGGGCUGAUCUCAGCGACUUUAUACAAAGGUUUGGCUGAUAUUCUGACUGUUAUAAAAAUAAAAAGAUGGUUCUGUGUACAGGAAAUGUCUGACCUAAUACAAGGUGUAAAUAUAUCUACUGAUAUUGUCAAUGAAAUAAAAUUAAAUAGAGAACUCUGUAUGCAGGAGGCUUCCUGCUUAUUACUGGAUUUAAACAUAGCUUCAAAUUAUGUAACUGUAUCAGAUGACUUGCAAACGGCCUCCUGGACAGAAAUACACCAACGGCGGCCAGAAACACCAGAGAGAUUCCAGUACGCUCAGGUGUUAAGUACCAGGAGUUUUUUGUCAGGAAAACAUUACUGGGAAGUAGAGACCAGCAAGUCAGGGUGGUGGAGUGUAGGAAUGUGUUAUCCUAGUAUAAAAAAGAAAGGAGAUCUCUCUAGGAUUGGAAAUAAUAAUAAAUCCUGGUGCUUGUGCUGGUUUAAUAAAGUUUUAUUGAGAAUACAUGAUUCAGCACGAAUCUCUAUACCUCACACAUUAUCCUGUCAGCGAAUAGGAAUAUACUUGGACUACGAGAAUGGGCUACUGUCUUUUUAUGAGCUGUGUGACCCAAUACGACACAUACAUACCUUCUCUGCCACCUUCACUGAACCUCUUCAUGCUGCAUUCUGGGUAUGGUAUGGCUGGGUCAGAAUCAGGAGCUAG